CUUUGCCCAUUUACUACUGUUACACUCAGCUGAUCAACCAAGGCCUCCCCGCCGUGCCUGGCAACACUGUAGCCUCCCAGACCAGGCCACCACAACAACACAUGGCGCCCACAACACUGUGACCCCGGGUAUAUUUAGCUGUGUCUUCCUGCGUCCUGCCGCCACCAUGAAGAUAACGCCCGUGACGUGCACCCUGGAGGAGGCGAAGGCGCAGGUGGGGCAGGAGGGGGCGUGCCUGAGCGAGGAGCAGCGCGAGAUAACCGUCCUCGUGCACCCCAAGUACACCCGAGACCAAGUGACCGGGGUGAGGAAGGAGCUGGACGCCCUCUCCAGCCGUUACAACAAGGAGUUGGGCGGGGUAGUGGUGGCUUACGAGAAGCUGCGGUUAACAUCACCAAGUGGCUGGUUGUUCGACACAAAUCCGUUCAUCCAUCUAAGGGUGUCAGCGCACUUUUUUGUGUUUUGUCCAGCUGCUGGGAAAACACUUAAGGCUAUUGUACGCAAGAAGUCCCCGCACCACCUGGGUUGUCUGGCUCAUGGCUCCUUCAACAUCUCAGUGCCACGGCCAGCCAAGGAGUCGGUGGAGGAUUGGGCAGGCACCCUGGCUGCUGAGGGUGACACUCUUACCCUCACAGUGCUCUUUACCUCCCUCACCAGCUACCUCAUGCCCUUCAUUCGUGCUUCCAUCCACCCAGACUGUGCCAAGGAACUGCAGGAGAGACCAGAGACAGCAGCAGUAGCAGAAGAAGAGGCAACUACGUCAGGAUCUACAGAAAAUGACAGAGCUCAUCUACCAAACACUAGAACCGUUUUUGAUGACGAUAGCGGAAUCAGCAGCAAUGAGGCAGAUGAAAAUGGCAAAACACAAGAGAAGAUAAGUGAAGAAACUAAGGAGGAAGAGGAAGAGGAAAAUGUUAGUAGAAAGAGGAAAAAGAGAGAUAAUGAUAGUGAGGAGGAGGAGGACAGUGGGAUAAAAAAGAAGAAGAAGAAAAGGAAGAAAUUUGAUGACGUAACUAGAGAGAUAGCUGAGGAGGAUGGAAAGGAAAAUGAAAUAAGAGGGAAGAAAAGAAAGAGAAAUGAGGAAGAGGAUGAAGGGGAGGAAGAAAACAAGAAAAGGAAGAAGAAAAAGAAGAGGGAAAGUGAUUGCUAUUCAGAAGCAAUAAAGAUAGAUAGAGAGGUGGAAGAAGAAACCAUCUCAGAUAACAUUACUCCAUCAAAGAAGAAGAAAAAAGAUAAAAAGAGGAAAAGUUUAGAAGCAGCAAGGUCUGUAGAAGGAGAGGAAGAAACAGGCAUUGAAAUAGGAAAGAAUAAUAAAGAAGGAGUAGUAAGUGAAACAAUAAAUCCCAUUAAUAAAAUAAAAAUGGAAAGACUGAGUUCAGAUGAAGCAGAGGAGAAAGGAAAGAAGGGGAUGAAGAAGAUAGAUAGAGAGGUGGAAGAAGAAACCAUCUCAAAUAACAUUACCCCAUCAAAGAAGAAGAAAAAAGAUAAAAAGAGGAAAAGUUUAGAAGCACCAAGGUCUAUAGAAGGAGAGGAAGAAGCAAGCAUUGAAAUAGGAAAGAAUAAUAAAGAAGGAGUAGCAAGUGAAACAAUAAAUCCCAUGAAUAAAAUAAAAAUGGAAAGACUGAGUUCAGAUGAAGCAGAGGAGAAAGGAAAGAAGAAAAAGAAAAAGAAGAAACAGCAGCAAGAAGAGGCAGGAGAUGAGUGGAUUAGUGAAAUAGUAAGAAAUAUAAAACAAGAAAAAAUAGAUGAGAAUGAAAGGAGGAAGGAAAGUUUAGAUAAUGGAGAAAAGGAAAAUGUGGAAAUGGCUGCGAGAAUAAAGAAAGAAAGGAAUCAGUCAAAUAAAGAGGAGGCAACAGAAGCUACAAUGAAUGUGCCUACGCCCAUCAAGAAGAAAAAGAAGCAGAAAAUGAGGAUGAAAGAGGAAAAAAUGAGCUCAGACGAAGGAAGAAGUCCUAAUAAACUGAUAACUCCACUUUUCAUCAUAAAACGAGAGAAAAGGAUGCCAGAACACAAGAUAAAGGCAGAGACUAAGGAGAGGGGUUAGUGGUGUGUGUGGUAAAUAAAUAAUAAAAAUUGUAAGCAUACAUGUGAUUAUUAUUAUUAUUGUUAUCAUUA